CAGUCACACCGUGUGUUCCUGUACGUGCGCGCCCCCGGAGCAGGAACUAUGUCUCGCCGGGCCCUUAGGAGACUGCGCGGGGAGCAGAGGGGGCAGGAGGAACCUGGGGGCCCCGAGGAAGCAGGAGAGGAGGAAGUGCAGAGCCCGGAGCCAAGGGAACGAAGAAAUGCAGGCAACCUGAAACUGCUGGAGGAGAGAGGUGUGAGCAACCCCUUCCAGCUGAUCACUGACCUUGGUGCUGACUCUCUCAGCGACACGGACACUGGGCCGGGGGCUCAGCCUGAUCUACCUGAAGAAAAGGAUGACGGAAAGGAAGCCCCUGCCACACAUGCAUCGGCAGGCAACAAACCAAAGAAAAAGAAGAAGAAAAAGAAAGGGAAGAAGAUUUCCAAUACAGAAAACCUGCCUGAUGCAGGGUUGGAGGACGCAGGUGACCUCGGGGACAUAGACAGCAUUCUGAAACGGAUCGAGAAUUCCAAUGGCCUUGUGUAUCAAAGUCAGACAAACAGCAACACAGACACUCGUCCCUUACUCUAUGUGGAACACAGGAAUUUGAGUGCCGAGACUGAGCUGAAGAAAUAUUUUGGUUCCCGUGCCGUCAUGGGAGAUCAGAGGCCGCGACAGAGACAACGUCCACAUCACCGCAGCACCUGGCUCACAUCCCCAAAGAACACAUGGCCCAGAUACAGUAAGACAGGUAUCACCAUGAGUCUUCUGGAGACCAGGCGUGGAGUUCAGUAUUUUACAUUUGAGCACCAACGAGAUUACCAACAAGUGCAGUUCAAAUUCCUAGAUGCAGUAGAGUCAAUGGACCCAAACAACAUUGUGCUCCUUCUCCAGAUGAACCCGUACCACGUGGACUCGGUGCUACAGCUUAGCGAUGUGUGUCGGCUGCAGGAGGACCAAGAGAUGGCCAGAGAUCUGAUUGAGAGAGCCUUGUACAGCCUGGAGUGCGCCUUCCACCCUGUGUUCAGCCUCACCAGUGGGACCUGCAGACUGGACUACCGCCGAGCUGAGAACAGAGGUUUUUUCCUGGCUCUUUUUAAACACAUGUAUUUUCUGGAGAAGAGAGGCUGCCCACGAACUGCUCUGGAGUUUUGUAAACUAAUCCUUGGUCUUGAUCCAGAAGAUGACCCCCUGUGUAUGCUGCUCCUUAUUGAUUUCCUGUCACUGCGAGCUCGAGAAUAUUCCUUCCUCGUUCGCCUGUUUGAGGAGUGGGAGGAUCAUCGGAACUUAUCCCAGCUCCCGAACUUUGCGUUCUCUGUGCCCCUGGCUCUCUUCCACGUCAGCCAGCAGGAGGACGUCUCUGAACAGGAAGAGAGGACCACCCGCGAUCGCGCAUCUCGCCUCUUGCGGCAGGCACUUAUCAUGUUCCCUGGAGUUCUGCCACCACUCUUGGAUUCCUGUGGGGUGCAGCCUGAUGACACCGUGGCUUCCCAUGCCUUCUUUGGAGCAGUAGCACAAAUAAGCCAGCCCCCUGCUCUAUCCCAGUUGAUAGCUCUAUACAUCGGAAGAUGCCAUAGCCUGUGGAAGGACGCCGUGGUUAUGUCGUGGCUGGAACAGAACGUCCGUGAAGUGUUGCAUCUGGUGGACAGUGGAGACCCCAUCGUGCAGGAGUGUGAGCAGAGGAGGAAGGUUCGGUAUCAGAGUGCCCCUAGGAACAUUUAUCGUCACAUCAUCCUGUCUGAGAUCAAGGGAGCGAGCGCAGCCCUGCCUCUGGAUGUGACCUCUCAGCCUGUGUUAGGAUUUGAUCCUUUACCUCCUCUAGACUCCAUUGUGUCCUACACGAGGCCUGAAAGGACUAACCAGCCGUCAAAUGAGGGAACUUUAUCACUGUUCUUCAGAUCUCUUUUGCCAAACUUUAAUCUUCAGGAUGAAACUGUCCAGGAAGGGGAUGAAGCAGGAGCUGCUAGGGACUUAAAUCGAGGGGUAAACAGACUCAUGGCAGCUAUGAGGGACAUGUUGGCAAAUAUUCAAUUCCAAGAACCUCCACGCGAGGACAAUCCAGAUGAGGAGGCAGAAGCUGAGUGGGACUGACCCAACUGCGCUUUCACAUCCACAACUACUGGCUUUUAAGAUGUACUUUGUAAUCUAAUAAAACGGUAACCGGC